UUGAAAUCUUGUUUUUCCUUUAAAUUAUAAGCGUGUUUGAAAUUGUAUUGUAGAGAGUUUUAUCUUAUAUUCUGCAAAUUUUACUUAUUACUUAGAAUUUUAAUAAAAAAAGAAGACCUUGGAAAUUUUCGUUGGAUUUUGCAUUUAACGUCUUAACAAAAAUUUCUUUAGAAAUUUUAUCACAAACAAUAAAUGUCACAUAGCCUCUGAAUGCAUUUUUGUGUAUUUCCAUUUUCGGUGCGGGUGUUCCAUUCAAAACAAAAUCAAAAAAAAUUGUUCGAUUGAAGGAUUAAUUUUUUUUUUUGGUGCAACAUUAACGCAUCUUGCACUCAAACAACUUGCAUUUUCGUUAUACAGGAUAACUUAUGCAAACAAGGUUACUGUUGCAACAAAUGUGUAUAGGAUAAGUGCAACAGUUGCUUAAAUCGCCAAAAGAAUGUAUACAAGAUAUGGAGCAGACGAUGCCCAUUAUAAUGUGAAAGUGAAUAGCAGUGAAGUCAAAUUCAUUGUGAAUGGAAAUUUGCCUCCCACACCGAAAUCGCCGCCAUGUUUACAUGAUCAUAUAAGAAGAUCGAUAGAUGCCGCACGACGGCCUCAUCAAUUACGAAUGUCUCCCACAAAUGCUGCCACGUUCGAGCAAAUUUUCGAACAUAGUCCUCCAACAAAAACAUAUAAACUUCAGCACCGCUAUUCUCACCGCAACAAGAACGCCUUACAUGACGGCGAAAUUGGAAGCAUCAUGCAGUCUCCACCUGACUUCACUAACAGAAACAACAAUGACGAUUUUAAGCUGUUUGGAAACGCCUACGCUUUGGAUCCAUAUGCAAUGGCAGUACCAGAGUAUCAGCUAUUACCACCGCAGGACGAAGGCUGCUCAAAUCCCGCCUACGAGCAGCAUUAUCAACACUACUAUUCAUACUUUUAUGAUUCUAAUCUAAGUAAUCAGAAGUAUCAAAAGAAGUUAGGCAACGGAAGAAAGUUGCCCUCGCUGUCUGUCAUGCCGAUAGUAACAAAAAAAGAUAAUUUUCUCUUGGAGAAUCAGCAUCAAGUAUUAAGCAAAACCAAUUUUGUAGAUACAGGACGUCAUCGAAGAAAUCAAAGUAUCGAUAGAAGUCGUCCUACUACUCCUACUAAUGUCUUGCGGGAGAAAUUGUCAAACAACAACGAUGCUUUCUCCUUUGAUGAUUUUAUCAGGUAUGGAGACGGAUCUAAAGAAGACCAAUCAGAUGGGAGUUUUCUAGAUGGAAUUCAUCCUAAUGAAUAUGAAAAUAGAGAUGUCAAACUUGCCAAAGCUGCUCGCAUGAGAUUAGUUUUGCAGGCAACUAGAAGGAAACUACGAACUCGUUCCGAUUCCGAUACGCGAGAUUACAAGUCAACAAAUGAUUCACAAUGGGUUAGACGAGAAGGUGGGAAUGAUAACAGCAGCGAUCAAUUGCAAAGUGUACACUCACCGAAUAAUAAUGAACCUAUACCACCACGUCCAAUAAAACUGCCGGCUACGCCUGUUAAAUCUAAAGCGUUGGUUGUAGUGAAGAAACCAUCACCUCCGUCUCCACAUAACCGCCGCGUACUUCUCUAUGACGGCCAGAGUCCGCGGCUGGCCCGAACGUCAUCAUCCCAUUCGCGAGUAGGACGUUCGAAAGGCAAACAACAAAUUGACAGUCGAACAAAAAUUAAGAAUAACGUUCAAAUGGUUUUGAACGGUCGUGUACGCGUUUUAAAAUCGAUGAGUCCCAAUAAAGAUGCAGAUGCUAAUAGAAAUUUUAGUAAAAACACUGACUCUAACGAUGAUGACGACGAUGACGACGAUGAUUUGGACAACGUUUCCGGUAUAGGGGACAGCGAGAGUUCUGAUUUAUCGUCUGACUCCGAAGAAAGUUAUCGGUCAUACGCUUACAAAAUAACGCAUUCUGUGGAUUGUAUACCAAGUGUGGAAUCGUUUUUAGAGUUUCAAGAAUGUGGAGAAACUCUAGAUAAUCCAGAGACUAUAUUAGUACCCAGUCUGUUUCCGAAUGUACCACCGUACUUAGCAUUUUCUUCCGAUACCCAAAAGGGCCCAGAGAUUCCACCUGACUUAUAUCGUGUACUUAAAUGGCGGGUAACCAGUAAUAUGCCGCGCGUGGUACGUCGCGUUUUAGGAAACAGCGGCAUGCGUCUGCUGAAAAAAACGAAUGAUUGGAUGGGUAUUUGGGCAAAACACAUGAAAUCAACUUCUUUCAAGUCAAUAAGGCCGCAUCAGAAAAUCAAUCAUUUGCCAGGUUCAUUCAGAAUUGGACGCAAAGAUUCCUGCUGGAAGAGUCUAGUCAAACUAAAAGCCAAGCAUGGUAAAAAGGAUUUUGGUUUCAUGCCAAAAACAUAUAUCAUUCCAAAUGAUUUGGGCCAAUUGAGAAAAAGUUGGCCAAAAUAUGCUCAGAGGAAUGUGAAAUGGAUAAUUAAACCACCAGCAGGUGCCCGCGGUACAGGUAUACGUGUAGUGGAUCAUUGGAAUCAAAUUCCAAAACGUAAACCACUUAUUGUACAAAAAUACAUAGAACGUCCUCUGCUUAUAAAUAGUAGCAAAUUUGAUUUGCGUUUGUAUGUUUUAGUUACAUCAAUAAAUCCAUUACGAGUGUACAUGUAUCAUAACGGUUUGGCACGAUUUGCUUCCGUAAAGUACAGCGAAAAGUCAGAAACUUUAAAUGACCGAUGCAUGCACCUCACUAAUUAUAGUAUAAAUAAGAAGUCAUCGAAUUACUCCAAGAAUGAGGAUGUGAAUGCUUGCCAUGGUCAUAAAUGGACCAUCAAGUCGCUAUGGAAUUAUCUGGGAAAUCGUGGUGUACGCACAGACUGUUUAUGGGAAGCACUUAGAAAUCUAGUUUUGCAUACAAUAUUAGCCGGAGAGAAUGCAAUAAAUAACAUGAUUAAGGCUAACGUUGAAUCAAAAUAUAGUUGUUAUGAGCUUUUUGGUUUCGAUGUUUUGCUAGACGCUGACUUAGUUCCAUGGCUAUUGGAAGUGAAUAUUUCACCAUCACUGCAUUCUGAAUUGCCAUUGGAUACAUUUGUUAAGGCCCCUCUAGUCCAAAGCAUUCUUAAUACGGCUUUAUACCACGUACCGCCUAAAAUACCUAUGGAUCGUCAACUAGAGUUAGCUGCCGAAUUGUCAUUACCUCCGGGCCAAAUAUGUUUCGACAAACGAUUAUAUAUUACUUACUUGUCUCGUCAAGAAAAAAUUAAACACAAUGCAUUUACUCGCAAGUCUAUAGAAGACCGAUAUGAGUACAUUAAUGAAAUUCUGGAACGAUUGACGCCGGAUGACAUACGCUGUUUGAUAAUCGCGGAAGAUGAGUUAGCGCGCAGUAAACCAUUGGAGCGCAUAUUCCCAACAGCGGAAACUUACAAGUACCUGAAGUACACUGAAUCGGCGCGAUACUACAAUCGUCUAUUGGAUGCUUGGGAAACUCGUUAUUCGGAAAAUCGUAGUGCAGGCAUAGAUCUCUUACGAGAUUAUUGCUCCGAAAGAUAUCAUCUACAAAUACCACCAACACCCGCCAAAAAGUAUUUUGAAGAUGAUGACAUUGUCUAUUAUUCAUCGCGUGAAAAACUUUCUAUAUCAGGACUUUUUCAUCAAAUUUCUGAGAUGGAUAUUAAAAUCAUAAUUACUGCCAUCGCCUUUGUAGCGAUUGCUUCCAUAGCGUUGUGCGUAAUUAGUUUAAUAGCUAUUAAGUAUACACACAACAAUAUAUGAUGUGCGCUACAUAUAAGUAGCGAUUAGAGUAAAAUCAUAUAUACUUUUAUAUAGUAAUAUAAUAAUAAACAGUGUCUCAAAAAAUCUAUUAUAUACACUGCCCUCAUAUUAUUACAAUAGAAAAUAUUUUAAGAAGUAAGAAAGUCCCCUUGACGGAGUAGAUGUAAAAUAUUCAACGCGGCAAACAGUUUUUAUCAAUUAUAGGACCAAUUAUAGCAUGAUUGCAUCAAAUUUUUAUAUUCAUGGCGAGUUUUAGAUCGUUAAUCUCUUGAGCUUACAAACUCGUUUUAGUUCCCCAGAUCUUGUGGGCAUGUUCAUAUGUUCGUAAUAUCUCCGUUUUCAGAUUUAAUUAACUGUCUCUUCUUAAUGUCGUAAAGAGGAUAAGAAGAUUAGUUUGAUUUUCAACUUAACCCUGAUAUGUGUAUAAAUUGUUUCCGAAAUUCUCAAUCUCUACAAAUUUUUAUAGUUUUAUCCCGCCGAUAAUGAGCUUAAUUAAAGUUUAUAUAUAUAUAUCCAGGGAUAGAAAACAGAUGAGAAGACAACACUAAAAACCGAUCAAGCUCCCCCUAUAAUAGUCCUAAAUACGUAAACACUGCAGAAGUACUAAGUACUUCAAUUAGAGUAAAUUCACUAAAAGUAUUGAACGAUUUUUAGUUUUCU